AUGGUGGGCGAGAAGGUUCUCUUAAAAGUAUCGUCAAUGAAGGGUAUCAUGAGAUUCGGAAAUAGGGGAAAGCUGAGUCCGAGGUUCAUCAGUCCAUUCGAGCUGUUGGAGCGAGUUGUAGAGGUUGCAUACAAGCUUGCUUUGCCUCCUAGCCUAUCGGGAGUUUAUCCAGUAUUCCAUGUGUCUAUGAUCUGGAGGUACCAUGCCGAUAGGUCACAUGUGUUGGAUUACAAUACAAUUAUGAUAGAUGAGAUCUUGGGUUUUGAGGAGGAUCCAGUAGGUGUUGUUGAUAGGAAGGCACACAAGUUGAGGUCUAAGAAGAUUUCUGUAGUGAAGGUCUAG